AUGUCCAGUUCGUUUCUAUUUGAUGUUAUGUUGAAAUUGAACGAAAAGACCGGAAAAGAUGUUUUGAAAAGGGUGUUCUCGCAAACGCUUUCUCCCCCGAUCACUUCAAAAUUCAAAUGUCUGACGAACGGGUGCUGCGACGAGCAUGAGUGGUGUCGCUUUUGGGCAUCCAUUGGAGAAUGCCAGGCAAAUCAGGAAUGGAUGGCCGCAAAUUGCAUGUUAGCUUGCGGAACCUGCAAUCUCCCCAUGGUCACGGCACCGCUAACAACAAUGCAGAGCACCUCGGAAAGUUUCACCGUAACGCACCCUGUACCACUGCAGCGGCUUGAUAUUCAAAGCGUCGACAGUUGCGAGGCGGUCCGAAACAACAUGGCUCAUGCUGCAGAGUUGAUGUAUGCGUCAGAUCUAAUCAAUAGUGUCGAGGACAAUUUUGGAAGAACUAUGCUUUCUCUCGACGAGAUUACGAAGAGUGUGCCGUCCGGAUGUGUUCCGCAGCUACAACCUCAUGGUGUCGACUGCAACAGGAAUCUGUGCUAUCACUUGAUGUUCCGUACCCUGGAUGGAACGUGCAACAACUUGCAGAAACCGAUGCAAGGUGCAGCGUUCCGUCAGUACAUCAGGCAUUUCCCGCCGCAGUACGACGAUGGCAAGAGCGAACCGAUUUCCUCCAUCAUUCCAUCUCGCCCAACUGCUCGCGAAUCGAAUCGCGUCAUGCUGUCCUCGGCACAAACGGUCGUCCACGACAAGUUCAACAAUUUGAUGAUGCAAUGGGGACAAUUCAUGUCGCAUGAUAUGGCAAAAACAACUCUUCAGCCAUCUGCUCAGUGUACUUCUUGUGCUCCAGUGAGGUCGAAGUGUAUGCCGAUACAAAUAACACCUAAAGACCCGAACUCGGCGUUCAAACAGAAGCAAUGCCUCAAAGUAUCGCGAUCAGCGCCGAUUUGUCACGUGACUCCUCGUGAGCAACUCAACGAGAAUACAGCUUACAUUGACGGGUCCAUGAUCUAUGGAUCGUCGCCGAAGGAUUUGCACAAGUUCAGAGAAGGCAGGACUGGGCUGCUGAAGAUGAAUCGCUUCAACAAUCAGAUUGUUCUUCCUUUUGAUCAGUCGAAAUGCCCUCACAAGGAUAAGUGCACGGCCUCGUUCACAGCCGGUGAUAUACGUGCCAACCUGUUCGUCGGCCUCAGCAGUCUUCACAUACUUUUUGCACGAGAGCACAAUAGAAUUGCUCGGCAACUUCAGGACAUGAAUCGGUCAUGGAGUGGAGAUCGUGUGUUCCAGGAGACGAGGAAAAUUGUUGGAGGAAUCAUUCAAAACAUACUCUUCAAGGAAUACCUGCCGAAAUUGCUCGGCGCCGCUCAUUCGAAAGUGAUUGGUGACUACAAUGGUUACGAUAGCAGUGUUGAUGCUACGAUCGCCAACGAAUUCACUACAUCUGCCUUCCGUUUUGGUCAUGGCAUGAUUGAGGAGUUCUACAAGCGAAUCGACUUCUCCGGCGAAAACAUCACUCAUGGCGGUUUCUUUUUCGGUGACGGCGUGUUCAAGUCCAGUAAAAUCCUCUUUGAAGGUGGCAUCGACCCAAUUAUUCGAGGUUUCAUGAGCACAGCCGUUAAACGACCGCACCGCAUGACUCCAGCUAUCACAGAGAAGAUGUUCGGCAGCACUGACCUCGGAUCCCUCAACAUUCAAAGAGGUCGUGAUCAUGCCAUUCCUUCCUACAACACCAUGAGGACUUUCUGUGGACUGCCGCGGGCUGAAAGCUUUGAAGAUUUCUCCGAUAUGAUUUUAGAUCACAAUCUACGAGUUGGAUUAGGCCGGAAUUACAACACCACCGACGAUGUCGACUUUUAUGUCGGCUCCAUGCUCGAAGACCCUGUUGUUGGUGGCCUGGUUGGCACCACCCUCAGUUGUGUGAUUGGCGAACAGUUCAAACGACUUCGAGAUGGCGAUAGGUUCUACUACGAAAAUCCGGGAGUUUUCACUCCAGCUCAGUUGGCUGAAAUUCGUCGAUCCUCUCUUUCACGGAUAAUAUGUGACAAUGGAGACCACUUUGAAUUGGUAUCUCAGGAUGCCUUCCUACUGCCAGGUCCUCAAUUAACACCAUGCAAUCAGUUGCCAGAGGUGGACCUAACAAUGUGGAAGCUUCACUAG